GGAGAAAAAAAAACACCGCGCGUGCUAGAGAUGCAGUACUAUAUAAAGCCCUAGCUUGAGAGUGCCAAGACCAUUGCAGCAGCAGAGCAAAAUCAAGUGAUCCGUGUGCUGCUGCUGCUUCUCCGAUCCUAGCUCCUCUCAAAUCUCCCUUGAUCAGUUGCACCAUUACCUCCUCCUUACCAUCGUGUAGUGGAAUUAAGGAGGAUGAGCACCGGCGGCGAGGCCGGCGGCCGCGGCGGCGGGGAGCGGCGGAGCCUCCGCGGCAUAUUCAAGUUCGCGGACAGGUUGGAUGUGCUGCUCAUGGCACUGGGCACGCUGGGCGCCAUCGGCGACGGGUGCUCGACCAACCUGCUCCUCAUCUUCGCCAGCGACGUGAUGAACUCCCUAGGGUACGCGCGCGCCGGCCAGGCCGCCCACGGCGUGGACUUCAUGCGCGCAGUCGAGAAGUCUUGCCUGAAUUUCGUCUACCUGGCAUUCGCGGUGCUGGCAGUGGCGUUUAUGGAGGGGUAUUGCUGGAGCAGGACGAGCGAGAGGCAGGUGCUGAGAAUCAGGUACCUGUACCUGCAGGCCAUCCUGCGGCAGGAGGUGGGCUUCUUCGACUCGCAGGAGGCAACCACCUCGGAGAUCAUCAACAGCAUCUCCAAGGACGCCUCGCUCAUCCAGGAGGUUCUCAGUGAGAAGGUUCCACUCUUUCUGAUGCACUCUACAGUUUUCAUCUCCGGGCUGGCAUUCUCCACCUAUUUCUCCUGGAGGCUGGCUCUGGUUUCUUUCCCUCUGGUCCUGCUCCUGAUAAUUCCAGGGCUGAUCUAUGGCAAGUAUCUCCUGUACCUUUCCCGACAAUCACGGCACGAGUAUGCGAAUGCAAAUUCCUUGGUUGAGCAAGCACUCGGCUCGAUCAAGACCGUCUACUCUUUCACUGCUGAGAAAAGGAUCAUCCAGAGGUACACUGCGGUUCUUGACAAGACAAUCAAGCUGGGGAUCAGGCAAGGUAUAGCCAAAGGUCUGGCUGUGGGAUUCACAGGCCUUUCCUUCGCCAUCUGGGCUUUCCUUGCCUGGUAUGGCAGUAGACUGGUGAUGUACCAUCAUGAAAGCGGAGGAAGGAUAUAUGCUGCAGGGAUUUCCUUCGUUUUGGGUGGCCUAUCCCUUGGAAUGGCACUCCCUGAGUUGAAGCAUUUCACAGAAGCAUCAGUUGCUGCCACAAGAAUCCUCGAUCGGAUAAACCGUGUGCCAGAGAUUAAUGCCGAUGACCCCAAGGGUCUUAUUUUGGAUCAAGUCCGGGGAGAGCUUCAGUUUGAGUCUGUCCGCUUUGUUUACCCAUCGAGGCCAAACAUGACAGUCCUCAAGGACUUCAACCUCCAGAUUCCUGCUGGGCAAACUGUCGCCUUGGUCGGGUCCAGUGGCAGCGGCAAGUCAACCGCAAUAGCGUUGGUUCAACGCUUCUAUGAUGCCUCUGAAGGAACAGUCAAGGUUGAUGGUGUCAACAUUAAAGAACUCCAGCUCAAGUGGAUCAGGAGCAAGAUGGGGCUUGUCAGCCAAGAUCAUGCACUCUUUGGCACAUCCAUAAAAGAGAACAUUUUGUUUGGCAAACCGGAUGCAACAAUGGAUGAAUUGUAUGCGGCAGCCAUGACAGCAAAUGCUCACAACUUCAUAAGAGGGCUUCCUGAGGAAUAUGAGACUAAGAUUGGUGAGCGUGGAGCAUUGCUAUCAGGUGGCCAGAAGCAACGCAUUGCCAUUGCACGGGCAGUCAUCAAGAACCCUGCUAUACUUUUGCUUGAUGAAGCCACAAGCGCACUUGACUCAGAAUCAGAGAAGCUGGUGCAGCAUGCACUUGACCAAGCAUCUAUGGGAAGAACAACAUUGGUAGUAGCUCAUAAGCUUUCCACAGUGAAGAAUGCCGAUCAGAUUGCUGUGGUUGAUGGGGGUACCAUAGCAGAAAUUGGCACACACGAUGAACUGAUCAACAAGGGCGGCCCAUAUUCACGACUUGUGAAGCUGCAGAAGAUGGUGAGCUACAUCGAUCAAGAAGGUGGUGACCAAUUUAGGGCCUCUUCAGUGGCAAGGACCAGUACCAGCCGUCUCAGUAUGUCUAGAGCAAGUCCAAUGCCACUUACACCAGCUAUUUCAAAGGAAACAGAUUCCCCUGGUUCUCCCCCUGCACCAUCUUUCUCCAGGCUUCUUGCAAUGAAUGCACCAGAGUGGAGACAAGCAGUCAUAGGCAGUCUGUCUGCUUUGGUAUAUGGUUCCUUGCAACCCAUCUAUGCUAUAACCAUCGGAGGAAUGAUUGCUGCAUUUUUUGUUCAAAACCGCAAUGAGAUGAAUGCAAUUAUCAGCCGCUAUGCCUUGAUUUUCUGCUCAUUGUCCGUGAUAUCCAUUGCUGUUAAUCUACUUCAACACUACAAUUUUGCUUACAUGGGGGAGCAUCUAGUUAGGCGUAUCCGAGUCCAAGUACUUGAGAAGAUCUUAACCUUUGAGGCGGCAUGGUUUGAUGAAGAAACUAAUUCAAGUGGUUCACUGUGCUCUCGGCUUAGCAAUGAGGCUUCUCUUGUCAAAACCCUUGUUGCAGAUAGAAUUUCCCUACUGCUUCAGACAGCUUCUGGAAUUAUAAUUGCAGUGACAAUGGGCCUUAUAGUAGCUUGGAAACUUGCUCUUGUCAUGAUCGCUGUACAGCCAACUACGAUGAUAUGCUACUACGCCAAAAAGAUAGUUCUCUCCAAUGUGUCAAGGGACUUAGCAAAGGCUCAGCAUCAAAGUACUCAGAUUGCCAUAGAAGCUGUUUACAACCACAGGAUGGUGACCUCCUUUGGAUGCUCAUCAAAGGUUCUGCAGCUCUUUGAGCAUACACAGGAGGAGCCACUGAAGAAAGCAAGGAAGAAGUCAUGGGUGGCUGGGAUCACCACUGGACUGUCACCUUGCCUCUCAUUCUUGUCAUGGGCACUUGACUUCUGGUAUGGUGGGAAAUUGGCACAGUCUGGGGAGAUCUCUGCAGGUGAUGUCUUCAAAACAUUUUUUGUCCUGGUGAGUACAGGAAAGUUGAUCGCUGAUGCUGGCAGCAUGACAUCCGACCUAGCAAAGGGAGCAAAUGCUGUUGCUUCAGUGUUUGAGGUGCUAGAUAGGAAAUCUAUCUCUCCACAAAAUUCACAGGUGGAAAAGGACAAUCAGAAGAACAAAAUACAAGGGAGAAUAGAGUUCAAAAAGGUAGAUUUUGCAUAUCCGACAAGACCACAAUGCCUUAUCCUACAGGAUUUUAGCUUGGAUGUGAAAGCAGGAACAAGUAUUGGUCUAGUUGGAAGAAGUGGUUGUGGAAAAUCUACUAUAAUAGGUUUGAUCCAGAGGUUCUACGAUGUUGACAGAGGGGCUGUAAGGGUUGAUGGUAUGGAUGUGAGAGAAAUGAAUAUCCUUUGGUAUCGAGGAUUUACAGCUCUUGUUAGCCAGGAGCCUGCAAUAUUUUCUGGUAGUGUCAGGGACAACAUUGCUUUUGGUAAACCAGAAGCUGAUGAAGACGAGAUUGUGGAAGCUGCUAAAGCUGCAAAUGCGCAUGAGUUCAUCUCAUCUCUAAAGGACGGAUAUCAUACUGACUGCGGUGAGCAUGGAUUACAACUAUCGGGAGGACAAAAGCAGCGUAUUGCGAUUGCGAGGGCAAUAAUCAGGAAUCCAUCAAUACUACUACUUGAUGAAGCAACAAGUGCUCUCGAUGCACAGUCAGAGCAAGUUGUGCAGGAGGCCCUUGAUAGAAUCAUGUCAGGAAGGACUACAAUUGUGGUGGCACAUCGACUGAACACAAUCAAGAAUGUAGACUCAAUUGCCUUCUUAGGAGAGGGUAAGGUAGUGGAACGUGGUACUUACCCACACCUCAUGAGUAAGAAAGGAGCAUUCUACAACCUAGCGACUCUUCAGAAAUAAAUUGAUUAUAUAAUGUAAAGUACUGCCAUAAGUGACAUGAUAGCCUAAUAUAGCAUAAUGUCAGUGGCACUUAACAAGUUUUGGUGUAAUUUCUUCUGUCGUAAGCAAAUGUAUCUGACCUAGCACUUGUCUUUGAAGAGGCCUAAGAUAUGAAUAAAUGCAAACAAGUAGAUAA